AUGAUGUCGCGACAGCCAUGCUACGAGUACAACCGAUCUCUUCUGAUAGACCGGGAGCUUACUGAGAAGGUCAUUGCAGACCAGACAAAUCUACUCGAGAUCAAAAUCUGCGCAAGCUUGGUCGGAGUUCAGACGCAAUUCGAAUCGCAAGAAGAGGAAGCAAUCGGAACGCAGAAUAAACAUGGAGUACGACAACUGGACAAAGGUAAUCGCAUGCCACAUGUGGAUGCACAGGAAUUCGAAAUCAUCCAGGGGAGAGAUCAACCGUCUCGGCUCGAAGACGACGAUGACUGCAGAGAUGUCGGCAACGAACUUGAGAUUCAAGACAAUACUGAUUUCAUCGAAGGUAUAGAGGACGCAAGCUGUGUCGAACUCAUAGACGACAAGGAGGAUCUGUGCAGGGUCACUGAGAGAUUAAUGAAACAACGACUGAUCUAG